AUGUCGACACUCUCCUCCCCCCGUCCGUCAAUUGCUUCAUCGCGCGCCCACUCUCCCACCCCGACCUCCUCCCACCGCCCCUCUCUGGACACAUUGAACACCAAUCUCGGCUACAACGGCGGAGGAGGAGGGCUCAGCGCCUCCUCGACCCCCUCCACCGCGCGAGCAGUCUCCCCGUCCCUCCACCCGCGCCGCAACCGCGCCGCCCUCCGCGAUUACUACAACCUCCGGCCGAGCGAUGCUGCCGGCACUGGCGGUGCCGGACGCCGUUCGCGUAGCAUCCCCCGCCCGAGCGAGGACCCUUCCGUCAAUAACAACAACCACCAAUCAUCAUCAUCAUCCGUCGUGGCCACGGGGACGGAACUCGACAGCCCGGACUUCGACCCCCAGCGCUACGUCAACCAGCUCCUGGCCACCUCGUCGCUGUCCACGGUGCUGAAGGCCGAGAACACGCUGGUCGGGGACAUCCGCACGCUGGACAGCGAGCGCAAGGCGCUCGUGUACGACAACUACUCCAAGCUGAUCCGCGCGGUCGAGACGAUCGGCAAGAUGCGGCGCAGUAUGGAUGAGCGCGGGGCGCCGUUGACCAUGACCAAGACCCUGGGGCCGGCGAUUGCGUUCGUCGCGGAGACGGCCGGCGGUCUGAUUCAGGAGGGCGAGGAGCAGCAGCGCCGGAUCCGGGAGGCGAAGGCGGCGACGGUGGGGGCGGAGCGGAGGAAGGCGGAGAGGCUGACGGUGCAGUGGGUGCUGGGCGCGCCGGAGAGGUUGGAGAAGCUGGUGGCUGAGGGGAAGGCGGAAGAGGCGGAGAAGGAUUGGGAGGAGGUGAGGAAGUUGCUGGGGAAGUGGGAAGGGGUUAAGGGGGUUGCGGAGGUUCGGGAGGCUUGUGAGAAGGUCAUGGAU